CACAGGAUAGCGGCACUCAUGGGUACUCUCAGAAGCACGGUGGCGAUUUCUAUCACCGUUUAGCACCACUGAAGGUGCGACAUUUAUUCCGGGCACGUACCUGACAGCGGACUGUCCUGAAGCCCCUAGGAAUCUCGCGCUCUAGUAGAGUGAGAGAAAGAGAGAGAGUAGCGCGCGCGGACCGCAGUGGAAUGUAGCGGGGAUUCCCGGCGUGCGGGGCAAGAGCUGUCAAUUAUUCACCAACGCCCCAAGAAAACACCUGAGUAGGUGGAGCAUGGUCAGUGGGAGUGGCUGGCGUUACUAUGCCUGAAGGCACGAGCCGAUGGUGUCCAUGGAGACAGAUGGCAGCUUCACUGGGGGCCACGGUCUGUCCCUCUUACAGGCUGAAGAUAGCGUGGGGGCCGGCCUCGCCCAGCAGGAAGGGACGUGGCUCGGCUUCCGUGCUACGGUGAGUGCUGUGCUGCUGCUGGAGCUGCUCCUGGGGGUGGGCGGCAAUCUGACCGUGCUGGUGUUAUACUGUGGUCACUGCAGCCUGUUGGAGUCCGUCAGUCAUGCCGUCACGCUCAGCCUGCACACCCUUGACCUGCUGCUCUGUCUCCUCUGCCUGCCGAUCACUGCCACGCUCCUCAUCCUGGGCGGAGCCUCGGUUCCUCACCACGCCCUCCUCUGCUGUCUCCACGAAUCAGCAGCCAGCUUCGCAAGUGUGGGCACCGCACUUAACCUGUUGCUCAUCAGCUUAGAUCGCUAUGACAUCAGCGUCCGGCCGGCCAAUCGCCUGCUGACGCCUCGAAGAGCAACCGUUUUACUUGUUGGAGUAUGGGCGGUUUCGUUAGCCGUGCCCCUACUACCGUUUGUGGAGGCGGGGUUUGUUUCAGGGCAAGGCGAGGGGGUGUUUGUGCACUCCAAUAGCACUGUGCUUUGUUCGGAGUGGGGAGGAACUCUACAGGCUCAUUUGUUGCUACAGGUUCCCGUGUUCCUGUGCUCUCUCGCUGUGAUGCUGUUUACAUACUCGCGGAUUCUUCAGGCACUGCGCAUCCGCAUCGGACGCACGCCAAGGCCCCAUCGAGACAGCAAACGGCCUGUGCAUCGCCUGUGGUUGCGGCGUAAAAAGUCAACGAGGUCGCCGGAUCACCCAACGAGAAACACACCCACCUCCCCACCACCGCUUUCGACUGGUCCGCUUAUUGCUUCGGAUACAGUUACAACAGUAACCAUCAACACUGAGACAAACACUCCCUCGCUCACCACGCCACUUAGCCCCACCCCUACUGUGUCUGUGAUAACCUCACCGUUAAGCCCCACCCCCACUGCUUCAAUGGUAACCACGCCUUUGAGUUCCGCCCCAUCUGUGUCCGUCAUAACUAGCCCCCACAUCCCCACCCCUGCUACAUCAUCAGCGACCACACCUUUGAGCCCCAUGCCCACUGUGUCCACAGUAAGCACUCAGCUAAGCCCCGCCCCCGUGCAGGGACCGCCCAGCAUGGGCGUGGGCGCAUCAGUAUCGGCCAUUUUGGCUCUGCGUCGAGCAGUUCGGCGCCACCGAGAUCGGCGGGAACGUCAAAGGCGAGUCUUUCGCAUGUCUGUCAUCAUCAUUCUCUCAUUUCUGCUAUGCUGGGCACCUCUUUCCAUCAUGCCCCUUCUCAUGUUGGCCAUCGGGCCCUCUGAUUGGCUGGAACGCCUGAGACUCUGUUUCCUGGUACUCGCUUAUUGGACGGUAGUGCUGCAUCCACUGCUGUACGCGUUCACGCGCCAGAAACUGCGCAAGGUUCUGCAUACCCGUCUGCGCAGACUGCGGCCACAAAACACGCAGACUCGCAUUCGCACUAAUACCAAGAUCCGCCGCAAGCACAGGGCAGAUUGCAGCGACGCUACUGACCGCUGCCUGACGGAGGCUGUAAGAGAGUGAGUGUUUGUGUGUCUGUGUCUUAUAACUAGGCUCACACGGAAUCUGAGUGUGCAUUCACUUGUGUACGUCUCUCAUUUUCUUGUGUGUUUAUUAAAUAUUUCAGACCAUUUAAAUAUGCUUUCACCUGCUAAUAUGAAUAUUUUCAGCUGCAUUUAACAUAUUUCACCAUGUUUAAAUCCAAGGCCAUAACCAUAUUUGUGACCCUGGACCACAAAACCAGUUGUGAGGGUCUUUUUUUUAAAUUGAGAUUUAUACGUCAUCAGAAAGCUGAAUAAAUAAGUUCUUUCCAUUGAGGUACGGUUUGUUAGGAUAGGACAGUAUUUGGCCGAGAUGCAACUAUUUGAACAUCUGGAAUCUGAGGGUGCAGAAAAAUCUAAAUAUUGAGAAAAUCGCCUUUAAAGUUGUCUAAAUGAAGUUCUUAGCAAUGCAUACUACUAAUCAAAAAUUACGUUUUGAUGUAUUUACACUAGGAAAUUUACAAAAUAUCUUCAUGAAACAUGAUCUUUACUUAAUAUCCUAAUAUCCUAUUUUGGCAUGAAAGAAAAAUCGAUCAUUUUGAUCUGAACAAUGUAUUGUUGGCUAUUGCUACAAAUAUACCACUACUACUUAAGAUUGAUUUUGUGGUCUAGGGUCACAUAUAUUAGGUUAAAUCAUCUGCCUAAUGUCGAAAACAGCUUUUUUAAUGUUUCUUGUCUUGUCACAUUUAAUUAUAAUUUAUAUGAAUCAGGUAAAUCAUGGCCUAAAUGUUCAAUUCAAAACAGCGAAAUUAACAUUUCUGUUGUAAAACAGUUGCUGAUUAUUUGUUUACUUAUUAGCUACUUACGUCUUCACACUCUUUCACCUCCAUUGUGAUGGAAUUCGCACUCAUCUGUGAACAAUAAUGUGGAUUUGAUUGGCCAUCUCAAUUAUUUUGACAUUGACGAGGGCUGUUAGUCUGCUGAGGCAGGCUAGCCUCAAAAUGUAACUUUUUGUCAUCCUACCAACAAACAGAGGAGUAGUAAUGGAGCGCAGCAGAACAGCUUUGAGGAUAUCAAAUACUUGUUCAACAAUUUGGCCGUAUCUAAUUACUGAGAGAACUUGUAAUUACGGCUCUGUUUAAAAUCCAUUUCUCAGAUUUACCCCACAAAUCUGUGCAGAAAAUGUCAAUGAAAAAAGAAAAUCAGCAGAUUCCGCCUGAGCCUAUUUAUGACUGUAGGUAAAAAGGUGUGUGCAGGAAACCAUUAAUGUGUUAGAUGUGUUAGACGAUAUGUGUGAGUCGCUCACCUCUAUAAAGGAAAUUAAAAGACGUUGGUAGGUCUCUAUUGUCCACGAGUGUGUAGUAUCAU